AUGAAUUACGGUCAUGUUAGUCGAGCAAUGGUGGAAUAUACUCCAGUGAUUAUUUUCUUUGCUAUAUUUGUCGCUGUACCUUUGCAAUUUCUUUUAUCACCAUCAUCAUCAUCUGAUGUCAGAUAUCAUUUGCAUAAACUGAUAAACUCAUUAUCGGAUUUCUCUCGAUUAUUUUUACAUAGGGAAGAAAAUGUGGAUGAAGUCAUUGAUAUAUCAGAAGAUGAGAAAGAAACUAAAUAUUUUGGAGGUUCUCUCAGACCGCGAGAUCCGCGACCACCUUAUAUAAAAUAUCGUGUUGGAGAUGUAGUACGGCAUAAAAUUCAUGGAUAUAGAGGCGUUAUCAUUGGCUGGGAUGAAAAAGCAGUUGCGCCACAAAGUUGGCUUGAUAAAACGCAUAAAGGCCGAAAAGAAUGGUCAGAAAUGCCGAAUUAUUCGGUUAUAAUCGAUACCAGGGAUAGGCUAAUUCCACAGUUGGCUUAUAUUGUUGAAGAGAAUAUCGAACUCGUCGAAGGAAGGAUAUUUCAUCCACUUGUUAAGAAUUAUUUCGAAGCAUUCGAUGGGAAACAUUAUACAUCUCGACCAUGGCAUAAGAAAGUUUAUCCCAAUGAUUAA